UUCGCUCAUCGCGAUAGGGUGCGUCCUGUUCGCGUGCUGCCAUUUUUUCGCGAAAAAUACGUAUUUCCAGCCAGCCUUUUCCACCCACACACCGGGUCGGGCUGCGUGCGUGUGGAGGUGUUCGUGGGCGUGUGCGUGUGUGUGUCGCGGGCCGUGUGACGAAUGCAAUCUGCUUCCGGCGCGCGGUCCACGGUUUGCUGCCAGUGCCGCGGUGCAACGAUGUGAAAAGUGUACGCUCAGCCUUCCUCUCUCUCUCUCUCUCUCGCUCGUCCGAAAAGCAGAGGGUGUGCGGAAAAGUGCGUGCGUCACAUAGUGCCAGUGGAGAACACCGUGUGUGUGUGUGUGCGCCUCUGUGUUUCGGGUUGUUUCGGUCCCUUCGGUGGCUGUGUUUAGUUUAGUAGCAGCAACAGCAACAACAGCCAAGGCAACAACAACAGCGAGGCCUUUUGUUUCGGAUGGUGUUGUCGAACGCGCAUACAUGUGUGUAUGCGUGCGUGCAUGUGUGUGCGGUGUGCGUGUACGUGUGUGUGUGUGUGCGCGCGUGAUGAGAUUUAAAGAUGGCGGCAUCGAAUAACAGGCGGAGAGAAAGCACUUUAUCAAAGUUAUCAUGCGCCCGGUGCUGUGGCGAUUUCUUCGGCUACCUGCUGCGGCUACGGGUCAGCCCGGAGGAGCUCGAGCAGCGCUAUAAAUCGCGCGAGAUCGACAAAAUUCUCGAGAAAGAUAAACAUGCGUUCCGGCGACAGGUUAAACUACUGUUGCUGGGCGCGGGCGAAUCCGGCAAAUCGACGUUUCUCAAGCAGAUGCGAAUCAUUCACGGGAUCAACUUUGAGCCCGAACUAAUUAAAGAAUACCAACAUGUGAUCUACCAAAACAUAGUCAAAGGCAUGCAAGUGUUGUGUGACGCUAGAGAUAAGCUAGAUAUACCCUGGGAGCACCCGACAUCGCAGCUGGCCGCGAACGAAGCGGUAAUGUUUCACAGCGGCUGCCUGCUGGACGCCGAACAGUUCCACCAGUACGUUCCGCUCAUCAACAUCCUGUGGACGGAUGGCGCCAUCCGGAAGGCGUACGAUCGACGAAGGGAGUUCCAAAUUAGUGAUUCUGUUAGUUAUUUCCUAGAUGAAUUAGACCGAAUAUCGAGGUUAGAUUACAAGCCCACCCAUCGUGAUAUUUUGCACUGUCGCAAAGCAACUAAAGGUGUAUUUGAGUUUACGAUAAGGAUACAGAACAUUCCAUUUGUGUUCGUUGACGUCGGAGGACAGAGGACACAGCGCCAAAAAUGGACCAAAUGUUUCGACUGCUCCGUCACGUCGAUCCUGUUUCUCGUAUCGACCUCCGAGUUCGAUCAGGUGUUGGCGGAGGAUAGAAAAACGAACCGUCUGGAAGAGUCGCGCAACAUCUUCGACACGAUCGUGAACAAUACCACGUUCGAGGGUAUUUCGAUCAUCUUGUUCCUCAACAAGACGGACCUGCUGCAGCAGAAGGUGAAAAACCCGGAGACGGACAUCCGCUGGUACUAUCCGCAGUUCACCGGCAACCCGCACUCGAUCCUGGACGUGCAGAACUUCAUCCUGCAGAUGUUUAUGAACGUGCGGAAAAACACCAAAACCCCCAUCUACCAUCACUUCACCAAUGCGGUCGACACGCAGAACAUUCAGGUCGUGUUCAGCUCGGUGAAGGACACGAUCCUGCACCGCAACCUGUCCGCGCUGAUGCUGCAGUAGUAGCGCACGGAUCGGUCGUGUAGUUUUGUUUAGUGAUUAGGUUAGCAGCACAAACUGGAAACUCUUUUUUGGGGCUUUCUGCUCGGGUUUAGUUUUUGUUUUUUUCCCGCGUUUUUUUCUCUCUACCUUUUUCUCGUUUCAUCACACUUUCGUUUGCCAUAAGGAACGAAACGCAAAUGCAUCGGAAUGUACAUUAUUACGUUGUUUGGUCCUUUCUCGGGCGAGGACAGCGGGGCUCUUUUGCUAAUGUGCGCGGAGAACUUGUAGAUAUAUCGGAUAGUGUAAGCGUACGCUCUCGAUUCAGGGGUUUGUUUGCUUAGCUCGUUUUGUGGCUCUGUUGUGGAGGGAAAAUUCCGUUCCCGGUUAUCCGGGUUUUCCCCCCUCGUUUGAUUUCGCCUCUCUCAAACCAAACGUGUAUCUCCACUGUCAAAGGGAUAUGUGUGGCCGGUUUUUCUUUUUGUUCUGGGUACAGUUUUCCACUCGAAUGUGCACCGUGAGUGUGUGCGUGUGUGCGUGACGACUGCUCAAUGGAAGAAUGAAUGAUUUGAAAUAUUAUAACCUUAAUUACAGUAAUGAACUUGAUUUCGUGAACUAUUCGCUUUUCUGCGGUCGUUGCUCCAUUCCAGGGCAAACCAAGCAGUCCUACACUGCCCUCCCUCCUCCCCCCGGAAUUAGCAUUGUAAUCGAACUGUUCGACACGACACGGAAAGGGGCGGGAAAGCGUUUACUCUUCUUUGUAAUUGUUUAUUAGCGCCUUAUGAACAAAGUUCUUGAAGAAUAGAAAUAGAAGUAAACAAAAAAAAGGGUAUGGAUGCAGCAUCGAGUGCAUUACCAAAAUGAAACGUUCACUAGCCUCCUCAUCUAAACGCGCGCUCUCUCUCUAUAUAUAUAAAUCGUCUUACCGCAAUACUGUACUAGACUGGAAUUUUACAACACUACUAAAGAAUCUCCUCUUUGUACUGAUACACAUCUAUAGAACAGUUGUUAAGCUAAAGCAAACAUUCAGCAUCGAGAGGGGAUAGAAGAAGAAUAACCACUACUACACACAUACACACACGUCCGAACAGAAUCGAAAGAGCCGUUGGGAAGGUGCAAACAUAACCGAAUGCAAAAAAACACAGUGCAACAACACAAACAACACGCACACAUACACAGACACAUAAUCACGUAAAAGAAAGGGAUACACACAAUUUACACCAAAAACUAAUUUUAAUCUUUAAACAAAAACCAUGUUCAUAAAUAAUCACAAAUCUCUAAUUACGCGGCUAUAUAGAGCAAGAAACAAUCGAACGAUCGAACGAACGGUACGGAAGCGAUCGAGCACAGCAGUAGCGGUGUGCGGUGUGUAAGGUAAAUACAAUACAACAAGAGUCUCACUGGCGGAGAAGGACGAGCACAUACCGCGCGGGGUACGAUCGGGGGGGUCAAUGGAAGGUUUAUGACGUGUGAUUUUCGUGUGAAUUGGUGCCGGGAAUUUGGGAAGCUUUUUUUUUUUAAUGUAAAAUAGUUUGCAAUCAGUCUCAUUUGCACACCUUUCCCUUGUACUUGUACUGCUCGUAGUCAUACGUUUGUUUGCCAUAUCUGUCUCUCUCGUGCAUUGCAGUUGGACUGGAAUUGUACACUCCAGUCCCACUGGAGUUAGGAGAGAAUCGUUUUGCUUGUGUUUUUAAAUACGCUCCUUCUUUCCUGUUUUGCACCUAAAAUACCCCCCAUAUUAUUUUGUGAAGUGUGCCAUAAGAGCGCGCGUGUCUAUCGGGCACGGAUAUACGUUGAACGAUUUCUGACUGGCUUUCCGUACUGGAGUUUCUAGCAACCAAUUACACAAGUCAGCUGAGCGCGAAGUGCAAUACACGGCACAAUCUUCCGGCGCAUUUUUCCCCUCGUCACCCACCACCCCCAUGUGUUAUCUCCUCCCGCCGCGCAGUGUUGGACACAUUUUGAAGAAAGACAAAUCAUUAGAUUGUAGCUAGUGCGAAUGUAAAGGGUUUAUAGUAGGUCGCUUACGCGUCCCAUAUACGUGUAGCGAUGUGUGUAUAUCGAGGAAAACUCGCCUGAAAAGAAGAAGGAAUAUUGUGGUUAGUUUAUCGUCUUAUAACGCCUGUUGUAAAUAGCCGGAAUAUUGAAAAUCACAUCCUUCCCCCAUUUUUCCCAUUUUAUAAAACAUGUGCGGUGCUCUGGUACUUUACCAUCACACAAAGUAAAGGCACAAAAGCCACUCGCCACUCGUGUAAGCAUUUAAUCACCUAAAACCCUCGGGGGGGGGGAAAGGAACAGGAGCGAGUGUGUGCGGGAACGAAUCGUAAAUAUGUGAAUGAACGUUUGAAAGGUAAUUGGGGUGGAAAUUGGGUAAAGAUGAUAUUGAACGACAAGCCACCGUCAAGUCGUACUACGGUCAGGUUUAGGUUUUGUGUUUGUCCAUCAGCUACCACAAAUUUGUUACAAUAAUAACGAUAAUGAUGAUAAUGGAGAUAAACACACACACACACAUGCACAGAUGGAUAACGGAUCCAGAUGAGCAGAAAUACAAGCAUACACAGACACACAGCUACCGGAGCAGCAUUAUACAAAACAGCAUUCCCCUAUGAAAGUAAGCGGCUGGAGAAAAUGGUGGAGAGUUGAGCAUAGUAGAAAAAAGAAAAACAAGUGUAAACCAAAUGAACCAAUCUCUACUGUAAGCGAUCUUAGAAAUCUGCAAACUCUAGGAAUUAGGAAAGUGAAACUCUCAACACGAACAUAACAAACAAACAAAGCUGAUUAUCAGGAGGAGAAACACACACACGUAAAAAAGUAAGAACCAACAUAAACGAAGUAAAGCAAAAGGGGAAGUAUAGAAGUAAAAGACUUUCGCAACAAUGAAACAAGGAAAAAAGGGCAAUACAACGCAAUACCACAAACCCAUAUUAGCUAGGUUAGCAGCUAGGCGUUUGUAUGUGUGCGAAUAUUGUGGGCCAAUUUUUGGCACCUUUAGGGCUCUUUUUGGGCAAUUUUUUUUUUCGAUAUUCGUAAAUGUUUUUUAUACAAAAAUCAUUUUUUGCUCGAUUAUAAGAGGAAACAUACUAGGUAAAGUCCUUAGACGAAGCUGUCUUUUUGGUAAGCGAACGCAAACGCAUUUUGAGACGCAAUUUUUAGAGCAAAGUGUGGCUCCUUUCUAAGUGGUUUUUUGCGAUUGAUAUACAAGCAGUUUUUCGUCGUGCUCUCCUCGCUAGUUAGUAGAGAGAGCCAGUUUUGCUUUUCUACCAUUGUUUUGAUAUAUACGAAUCGCUUUUGCGAAGCUGUUUUUGUCGUCGUCGUCGUCACUCUUUGGAAAAAAGUACGAAAUUUUGAUACGGAUAUGGGAUAUGCAAUGUUCUUUCAUUUGUUUUAUCCAAAAUUGGCUAAUUUGUUAGAAACAAGUUAGAAACACAGUCGUGUUGAGGGAUAGGACGGAAACGGAUUUCAUCUCUUUUUAUUUUAUUUUGCGCGAAACUUGAUAAGAAGCAGGAACUUCAGCUCACCAUCCCCAAACCACCUAUCCCCCCAAAAUCAACCAAUCAAACCAAGAUCGUAUGAUUUUAGGUGAUCUUCUGUAGCGUAGUAUUUAUGUGGGUUUCUGUUUUCACAUAUUACAAUUAUUGAUUAUUAAUUACUAUGAUUUACAUCGUGCCCCAUCCCAAACAAUUUUCAAAGCAUAUGUAUGAGUAUAUGUAUGUAUAUGUAUUUUGUAUAUGUAUAUGCAUAAGCAGGACAUAUAUGUAUAUGUAUUGAAAACCGCGAAAAAAAAAUGAUAUAAGUUGUUGUUCGAUGUUACUUUGUAUGGAGAUUUUAUUUGUAUAUGUGAACGCUGUAUAUUCGAUUAGAAGGUGGAAGCGGUAAUGAGGAAAAUGCAGCAGCAGCUAAAAAGAAAGUGCGAUUUUGUUGUCAACUUACGCUUUCUCCCCAGCACUCUGCUUUUGUUUUGAAAAUGAACAUUAUUAAUUCUGCAAAAUCCGUGGCUCUUGGAGACAGAGAGAGAGUAUUAGCAAGGAUUAGGCAACUAAUAGGCAGGAGAGAUAUGGGAUGCGAGGUGUGUGAGUGUGUGAGUGUUUGUAAAGGGUGGAAAGGAAAGUGUCUUAAUUUCCACUUUUUACACAUGCACACGCUAAGGCACAACACUCGGCAACAAGUUAUACGGUCAUAUAUACAACAUUUGUUCGAUGGCAAAAACAUGAUUGAAAUACGAUAAUAAAAACAAAACAAAAGCA